AUGCUGAAACACUUGGUCUGGUUGUCGAACGCAUUGUUUCCAGGGGGUGACAUCGAUAGGACAAUAAUGGACCUUGAAAUCGUAGCACUUUGGGGUAUGGCUAGAAUUGGAGAACUUACUCACUCGAAUACCUCUGGUAAUCUGGACGGUGAAGAUUCGGUUUUAACGUCAGACGUACAAGUAGUCAAGUCGGCAAUCGGGGAGAAAGUGAUACUCACAGUACGGAAUGCAAAAACGGCGCAACCAGGCAAACCGCAAGAAAUCGUUUUACAUAGCCUGAAGAACAUGUUAUGCCCGGUCCUAGCCGUAAAAAGACGUCUAGAGGAAGCUGAAGGACCGGCCACCUCCCUGUUUGGUUUUUAUUGCGACGGAGUUAGGAGACACUUAACUCAAUCAAUAGCGGUUAAUAGGAUUCAGUUAGUUCUUCGUACUGGCGGUUUUGAAGGUUUACUCAGUCAUUCAUUUAGGGUCGGAGGAGCUUCUUUACACCAUGCUUUAGGGACACCUGUAGAAGAGAUAUGUCUGUUAGGUAGAUCGAUAUCAAACUGUUAUAAACUUUAUCUAAGGGAUUAUAGCAAGGAAGAUAAAGCCGACAGUAGAAGGAUUAUUAAUGAGUUAAACGAGUUGUGGGAAGAGGAUUAA